ACCACAUAAGCAACUUGCCUAGACAGACAUCGCCAUCGCACGCCAUAACCUACUCACUCUCUCAGCCUUGCCAUCCAUACCUACUAACCAUCACCACUACCACCACUACUACCACCACCGCCACUCUUUCUCGUCAUUGCUUACAGCACACCCAAACUACCACCGCAAUGGAUUCCCAUUCCUUUGACUACUGGAUGGCCCAGGGCAACUACGUUGUUCCCCCGCACCAGACCACCGUGUUCGACAUGCCCCCAGAGUUGUCCAAAGUCCCCAGCCUCAGCGGAUCGCCCGUUUCUUCCACAUAUGACCAGUUUCCCACCCAAAUACAGCAUGCAUACUAUCCUCAGAUUGUCGACGAGCCCAUGCAGUUUGGAUCGUAUCCCAUGCCAAUGACUCCAUCGGAUUUUGGAUCCGACCACGACAGCCCAUACUGCAGUCCCCGACCAUUGCAACAUGUCGAGCCAACCUUUGGAGCCGUGCACACAGCCGCCCCAACUGAGCGAACACACACAACCUCUGGCCGCCGACGAGCUCAAAAUCGUGCUGCCCAGCGCGCUUUCCGUGAGCGAAAAGAAAAGCAUGCCCGGGAUCUUGAAAACCAACUUUCCAUUCUCAACGAAAAGUACAACAAGCUCGAGGUUUCACACUCUGAACUGAAUGCUGCGUACGAGAAGCUCCGGAAAACCAUUGAGCUACUUACGCAGGACGACGAUGCUGAGGGUGAGGAUGAGGACGGCACUUCCACACGUCGACGCAGCACAAACUCAGAUACUCUACGAAAACUACUCGAAAUACUGCACGGCGAGUUCAAGAGUACGACACCGGUCAAGACUGAAGCUGUUUCCUGAUCAGCCGGCCGUGUCUUUUCUUUCCACCAUCGCUUGUUGCAUCGCUUCAAUUCUUGUAUACCCCUUCUUCUCGCCACGCUUCCACGACGAUUGUUCUUUUGCAGCGCUUUUGCUUUGGGGUUUGGGGUUUGGGCAGGUUACAUACAAUGACUCUCUCUGGCGCUCGCUCGCUUGCUCGCUCACGACGAACAAAAACCACUAUCUAGAAUAGGCAAAUGUUUGUUUUUGUCAGAAAGCGUAAAUACCUUUUUAGACGGCGGGUAACUCCUUGACGUAGCUACGGCCGAAAUAGUUAUCUUGUUUGAUAGGAAACCAUAAUGCCAUAGAAUCAAUCUUCUUUUU